AUGGUAGCAAAAGACCAUCAGAAAAACAAAGGAUCUGCCAAAGCAGAGAUGGGAGAGAUCGAUACCAGUGCACCAUUUCAAUCCGUCAAAGAUGCUGUUAGUUUAUUUGGUGAAGGUGCUUUUUCAGGGGAAAAACCUGCUAUUAAGAUUCCAAAACCACAUUCUGCAGAAAAGCUCAAAACUCAUAAUGAAUCAAAGGAUAUAGCAAUUAUGGCAACAGAAGCAGCUAAGCAUCAGGCAAAGCAAUUUGAAGAAACAAGAAAUAUUGAAUCUGAAGGAAAUGAUGGAUCUGCGAAGGUAGACCUGGAAACUGCAAGAGUUCAGUACACGACUGCUGUCACUGAACUUGAUGCAGCAAAGCAAGAACUCAGGAAAAUCCGGGAGGAAUAUAAUGAAUCUGUGGAAGCAAAAAAUCUUGCCAUUGAGCAAGCAGCCGAAGCUGAGAAUUUUGCAAAGCAAGCAUAG